UUAAGAUAAUGACGCUGUCAACAGGACUGCUUCCUUAGAAACGAGACACUUUAUAGCUGAUCAGCUGAUUUGUCUUUCGUUUUCCACUCCACCCAAAUAAGAAAAGAAACCGAUCGGAACUGCAGAGUUCUCAGUAUAUAAGUCAAGCAGGAUCUCUUCGUGCAUCACAGACUAAACUUUCAUCCAUCAUGGUCACAUCAAGCCAACUAUCGUCAACUUUUGCAGCAAUGCUGAUGAAGAUUCGCAGCAUCGUUUCGAACUUGUUGACAUCUGUCUUGAUGCUUGUAUCUGGAUCACGGGCGAAGCAAACACUUGUUACUACCGGGACAAGUCCUCCCAAAACUCACUCCAAGGAGGAAAAGAAGAUAUCUGAUUCUCAGCUGACCACUCCAAGUAGUGUAAACUACCAUUUCACCCGGCAAUGCAAUUACAAAUGCGGCUUUUGCUUCCACACCGCAAAGACCUCGUUCGUCUUGCCUAUUGACGAGGCGAAGAAAGGCUUGCGACUUCUGAAAGAAGCAGGGAUGGAAAAGAUCAAUUUCUCAGGUGGAGAGCCAUUCGUGCACCAGAGGGGAGAUUUCCUGGGACUGCUGGUGAAAUACUGCAAAGAGGACUUGAAACUGCCGAGCGUCAGUAUUGUUAGUAAUGGCAGUUUGAUAAAGGAAACCUGGUUUCAGAAAUACGGUGACUAUUUGGACAUACUGGCUAUUUCUUGUGAUAGCUUCGAUGAAGAAACCAAUAAAGCCAUAGGUCGAAGUCAGGGAAGGAAAAGUCAUUUGGACAACCUACAUAAAGUACGUAACUGGUGCCGGGAGUAUAAGGUGGCCUUCAAGAUCAACUCAGUUGUCAACACAUUCAAUGUAGAGGAGGACAUGAGUGAACGCAUCAGUGUUCUAAACCCAGUGCGCUGGAAGGUCUUCCAGUGUCUGCUAAUUGAAGGGGAAAAUGCAGGGGAGAACAGCCUCCGUGAAGCAGAGAAAUUUGUCAUCAGCGAUCAGCAAUUCCAAGACUUUCUGGACCGCCACAAGAGCAUUAAAUGUCUGGUUCCAGAGUCUAAUCAAAAGAUGAAAGACUCCUACCUGAUUCUCGAUGAAUAUAUGCGUUUCCUGGAUUGUCGAGAGGGGAGAAAAGAUCCCUCAAAAUCCAUUCUGGAUGUUGGUGUGGAAGAGGCCAUAAAGUUUAGUGGUUUUGAUGAGAAAAUGUUCCGCAUAAGAGGAGGAAAAUAUGUAUGGAGCAAAGCAGAAAUGAAACUGGAUUGGUGACCCUUUCCUAUAAAAUACAAGAUUUCCUCCUUGUGAAUAUGAAUAUUUCUUUAAUGUGAUUUGUUAAAAAUAAACUUCAUAUUCAUGGUUUCAUAAAGAACCUUUAACAACUGAAGAAACUUUUUGUUUCACAAAAGGAUCUUUGUUGAUGAAAAAAGUUUCUUCAGAUUAUAAAAAGAUAGAAAAGAGAUGGUUCUUUAUAGAACCUUUGACUGAAGGUUUCUUUGUGGAACCGAAAAUGGUUCUUCUAUGACAUCGCUGUGAAGAACCAUUUAAGCACCUUUAUUUUUAAGAGUGUAUGGUGAUUAACUGUUGCAUGAACAUUGCAUUCAAUUUUUCAAACUCUCAUGUACAUAGGCUGCUGCAUUAAAAUAUAAAAAUUGAUAGUAUGUAUAUAUAAUCUAUUAAUUUAAGGCGUAUUCUUUUGUAAUAUACAAUCAAGAAUAUUUUUAUAUUUGUUUAAACUGUAUUUUCCAAUGUAUGCAAUUCAUUACGUUGCUCAGCUUUAUGUUAUGCUUUUUUGAUGUGCACUUUAUUUUUAGAAUUGUUAAUUCAAUUAUGAAAAAAUGGCAUAAGCCACAACAUUGUAGUACAUUUGUUUGUACUUUGUCAUUGGAAGAAGCAUUAAGAUAAGUAAGAAGAAUUUAUGUAUUAUUACUUUAAUAAAUGUAAUUAAAUCUAAUUUGAAA